AUGCCCCACUAUUCCAAAUUUUUGAAAGACCUUUUGAGUGGGAGAAGGGAGUGUGAAACCGUGAACCUAACCGCCAAUUGUAGUGCCAUCCUUUCCAACAAACUUCCUACCAAGUUGAAAGAUUCGGGUAGUUUCUCCAUUCCCUGUUCCAUCAAUGGUGUUGAGUUUGAAAAGGCAUUGUGUGAUUUAGGAGCAAGUGUAAGUCUCAUGCCCUAUUCCGUCUACCAAAAGCUUAGUGUGGGAACCCUCUCCCCUUCAAAUGUUACUCCCCAACUAGCGGACCGUUCUACUAAGUUUCCCAUGGGUAAGGUUGAGGACAUUCCCCUUAAGGUUGGAAAGUUCACAUUUCCUGUGGACUUUUAUGUGCUAGAAAUGGAUGAGGAUGAGAGGAUUCCUAUAGCUUUGGGUAGACCGUUUCUAGCUACCUCUAGAGCUAUCAUUGAUGUGAAAGAGGGUAAACCCUAA